CGGCCAUUUUCCAGUCACUUCGAGUUGCGCAGUUUUCUUUAAAGGUUGCUGCCUUUUUGACAACUUCGUUUAAUACGGAUUGGGGUACCUUGGAAUUCAUGGUCCUCGCAUAACCCACUUUUUCCUUGGAGACCCCUGCCCAGUGACCGCUGCCUGCGUCUGCUACGAGCUGUUGACCCGAGGCCCUUGAAUGGCCCGUCCUGGACCACGGCAUCACACCUCCCGCAAUGUGAAGACCUGGUGUUCGCCUCUUUCUGCUCCUUCGGAAUUUUAGCACUGUCUGCUACGAACUUGACCUCGUGAACUUUUUAUCAGCACCUCUCCUUCACCUCUCUACGAGACAAACUUUACGACCCAAGCGACUACCGUUCACGAACACCCUCUACCAGCCCACGCUGCCAACUCCAAGGACGACGAUUGACUACUUCGAGCCACCGAACACAUUCUUCCACUGAUACCGGCGUAUACCACAGCUUGCGGUCACUCCGAACUCUGUUCUUGUUGGUCGUCCCACGGCCGUUGGUAACAAGAUGUCUGUUGCUCCACUCGAGAAGGACAGCGAAGGCGAGCCUCGGUUUCCUGGCUGUUCAAAUAUCCGAGACUUUGAAUUCAUUGGCAAGCUUGGCGAGGGAACUUUCGGUGAGGUCUACAAAGCGAGGUCAAAAAAAGAUAACUCGAUUGUGGCCCUGAAGAAGAUUCUUAUGCAUCAUGAGAAGGAAGGUUUUCCUAUUACAGCGAUCCGUGAGAUCAAACUUUUAAAGGCUCUUUCUCAUGUCAAUAUCUUGCAACUCAAGGAGAUGGCUAUUGAACGGAGCAAAGGCGAGGGACGAAAGAAACCCAGCAUGUACAUGGUCACUCCGUACAUGGAACAUGACCUAUCAGGCCUUUUGGAAAAUCCCGCCGUGCAUUUCACCGAGCCUCAGAUCAAGUGUUAUCUGUAUCAAUUACUAGAAGGCUUGCGAUACUUGCAUGCGAAUCAAAUUCUACACCGAGAUAUGAAAGCUGCCAAUCUAUUGAUUAGCAAUGGCGGCAUUCUCCAGAUUGCCGAUUUUGGGCUCGCACGACCCUUCGAUGAGCCCCCUCCGCAAGCCGGAAAAGGCGGCGGAGAGGCAAAAAGGGAAUACACUGCUCUGGUCGUCACGCGAUGGUACCGUCCACCGGAGUUGCUACUACAACUUCGACGGUAUACGUCCGCGAUUGACAUGUGGGGAGUUGGGUGCGUCUUUGGUGAGAUGUUCAAGGGAAAGCCGAUUCUCUCUGGCAGCAGUGAUUUGAAUCAAACUCAGCUCAUCUUCUCCUUGGUGGGAACUCCUACCGAGGAGAACAUGCCUGGGUGGAGCUCGCUCCCAGGAUGCGACGGUGUGAAGAGCUUUGGUCAUAAACCUGGCAACCUUUCACAAGUAUUCAAGGACCUAAGCCCCGUGGCCGUCUCUCUCCUGACAGAGCUUCUCAAGCUGGACUGGCGCAAACGAAUCAAUGCCAUCGAUGCAUUGAAACACCCAUAUUUCACCACACCUCCCCUUCCCGCAAAGCCUGGCGAGAUUCCUCAUUACCAGGACUCCCACGAGUUGGACCGAAAGAAGUUCCGCGACCAGCGCGCUCCUAUGCCCCCAGCCCCGGCAAUGGGAUCUACCGACCCUACAUCCAAUGGAGGAUGGACCGGACCCGGAUCUCGGCCAGACUCCCGCAACAGCAAUCACAGUCGGAUACCGGGAGCCGCCCGUGGUGGUCGACCCAAUGGUCCCCCGGGUGUUCCCCACCGACGUGGACCCUUCCCGCCUCAACGUGAGAGCGGGCUUCCUCCGCGUCCGCCCUCUGCGGCUCCUCCGCCGUGGGAAGGAUCACAGAGUGGCAGGUCCGACGGGCGAGAUGACCAGCGUCGCGAUCGGUCCAAUCAGGGUCAAGGUCGUCCCGGUGGUAGAAUUCCUCAAAGCAACCACCAUCUUGACUCGUACGUCCCUAGCUACGGAGGUAGUGCUCACGACCGUGGGCGAGAAUCUGGUGAUUACAAUCCUCAAUCCAAUCAAGAUUGGCGAGGAGGAAAUCGACGUGACUAUCGCCGGGAACCGCCUCGGAGGAGAAGCCGGAGUCCUGGUUACAGAGAUCCGGCCCGAGGCUGAAGAUAUUCACACUUUGAACCUUUGAUUUUGUAUACCUAUUCCUCCUAUCCUCCGAUACCUCUUUCCCUCCGUACCUCCCUAUCCUCCGCCAUCCGUUCCUCCCAUUCCAUCUGAUACACUCGACCAAGGAGUCGAUCUUUCGAAGACGACUAUUAGGACCCACAACAAAGACGAGGCUCUCGCACGCUCAAGGCUAGCGAUGAUGCAUUCUACAUGACUGGCCUGCAUAACGUCAUGCCCUCGUAUACCUAGAACCCCAAAUAUCUAAAUCAAACCCGUUCCAUGUUAUGACUUUUAUCUAACCUCUAAUAAACAAAAGUUAUCAGUACAUGUCCUUGAUUUCACACAGACUAGUGCCUCGAGAAAUUUAGAACUCUCCAAUGAAAAGUCAGACGAACGUCUUACACCACGCCCUUGGAGACUACGCCAAAGAAACAUUGCAAACUGGAUCAAGUAAUAUAUGAAGCUUUUCCCAAAGCAUGUAAGAAUCUUCUUUCAAACUUUUGAGGUUGCCACUGUAGAUUUUGGUCGCAUGAAUCACAAAACGAUACCAUCGCCGGAACAAAUAUAAUAAGAAAGAACAAAAGGUAUUUGCAAAGAAUAAUCCUUGAGGGACCUCGUUGAAAGGGCCCCUCACCCUAAAAUCGUGAGAUUUGAAUCACCGUGUAGAUUCCAAACAUGUCAAGUUGAUUACAAUAGCGCGUUUUUUUCGAUGCGCUGUCUAGUACAGAAUGCGGGU